AUGACUUCUCCUACUGAAGAAGGAAGUGAUACAGUUGAUGAUGCUCUCGAAAGUUCAGAGGAUGAGGCUCCAAAUGACUCUAGUACAGAUGUAGAGCCUUCACUUGCUGAAUCUAAUAUGAUCUCUCAGGUAGAAAGCACCCCAAUGAAUAGGAUGCUAGACAUACCAACCUCUCAGGAGCACGCUGCUUCUCAACAAGCAGAAAAUAAUGAGCUUGAAGUAGAGAAGAACCAAAGAGAUCCUCAAGAAGAUUUAAAAGAAGAAGAGUCCCUUCUAAUUCAGAUUCCCAUUCCUAGAAAGUGGAUCUUUCUCAAGUCAGGAUUAGGGAGAAUUACCCAGCUGAAUACAUCCCUAGUGAAAAUUGAUGGAAAGAAGCCCUUAGAUACAUUCUGCUCAGGAAACAUGAGAAAAACAAGUAAUUUGUGUUAUACCACCAUAAAUUACAAAAUUCCUUUCCAGUUAUCAAUUUCAUGGAGAAGGCCGUUCAUUGGCAGGCAUGUGAUGAGAAGCAUGACUCUUCGCCUGCUAUGCAGGAGACAUUUCUCUCAGGCUGCAGGUCAUCAAAAUACCAAAUGGGUAAAGCAACAAUACACAGCAUUUCUUUCUAAUGCAAAUAUCCACCCUUGUGAGCAAAGGGCCAUAAUAUUUCAAAGACCUCUAAGGGUGUACUAUUACCUUCCUCUCCCUGAGAGAAUAACAUUAAAAAGAAUGCACCAAUCAACUGAUACUAAAGGGGAAAAAAAUCUCCGCGUUAUUGUGAGGUCUGUGCACUUUCCCUCCCGGGCCCGUUUUGAAAAUGCAUCUAAUAGUAAAGCUUUUGAGAAUCAUUUGACAUCAUACCACAUCACAAAUACUGGUGAUGGUUGGAAAUACCUAUGUCCCAUUUGUGGGAGAAGUUUCAACAAUUUAGCUGAAUUGAAAUGCCAUUCUUGCAACACUCUUGGGAAUUAA